UGCUAUUCCUAUUGACAACAUGUUUCCUGCAGUGCACUGAGUGCUACAUAAUGUUACGUAAUUCUGCAGGUCUCUGCUCUCUGUGGGGCUCUCCAGGACAAGAGUGUGCUGGUGUCCAGAGCCACUCUCGACGUGAUUCUCGCCCUCUUCCCCCUCCACCGCCCCUUCCUCCCGCCCUCUGACCUCAUCCUCCUUCUCUCCUCUGCCCUCCUCACUCUACUCAGGAGAGACAUGUCCCUCAACCGGCGCCUCUACUCUUGGCUUCUCGGAACCCAGACAGACAAGACCUACCUGGAGACACAUUUUCCCGAGGUGGCAAAGGGAGCCGCAGACCAAGAAUCAGCUCAGACUCUAUACUUUGACAAGUUCGCCAGAACCCACCUCCUCUCUGCCCUGCGGUCGAUCAUCGCCUCCGCCUCACAAGCUACGAGACACUCUGCGGCCGUCUCGGACUCUGUCCUUCCCUAUCGCCUCCUGCGCUCGCUCAUGGACAAACCCGAGAUUGGAGAUUAUAUUGUGGUCGAUAUACUCCCUGACCUGAGCACAUGUUUGAAAAUCCAAGUUGAGAGCCUCGGCGGGUUUUCAACGGAGAAAUCGUCAACGAAGACUAGCACUCGUAGCAGUAAGUCGUCUGUGAAGGAUGGUUCUAGUAAGAAGACUGGGAAAAAGUCGCACAAAGUGGAAAUUUUACAGUCUGCGAACCUCUUUUUCAACUGUCUGGCUCCGGAGCAGCUGUGGCAGUGGAUGGAGUCACUGCUCACCAGGGCAAUAAUGACAGGGACAGUGGGGGAAGGGGGACAGUUGAGGACGGAGGGAAGCGAGGGAAAGGAGGGGGAGAAGAGGGAAGGUGGACGACAUGAGAGUCUGUAUGGUGAUGUGGGGGAGCUACAUUCUCCAAUCUCUCCCACAAGUCCAGUGAGGUUGAUAGUGGGUGCUGGGAGCAGUGUUGGUGGUGGUAAGACUGAGGAGAGAGGAGUACAGCUCUCUUGUUCUGCUACCUGCAAACUCAUCGUGUUCCUACUCCAAGUCCUUCCACUGGAAGCGAUGGAAGAUGUGUACAUCCACCACAUGCCCCAUCUCUGCUGGCACACCCUCCACUCACUCACAUCCCAAGAGCCACUCACCAUAAAGCCAAGAAGCCUGCAGCACUGUCUGGAGUUACUGCUGUUUGCCACUGCCAAGAUAGUCCAGGAGGCUUCUCCCUGCUCUUCUCCUGCCACAACUACUACCGCUGCUCUGUACCGAGAGCCACUGGGAGGGUCAGCCCUCGCCAGCCACGCAGACAAACUAAAGUGGAAACAUCUCACACAGUUCUCUGCCUUCUUCUCGAGAUUCAUCGGUUCCUGCAUGCAGUACAGCAGCCAGAGCUCGGGAGUGCCACCAGCUGGGGCUGUGGGUGGGUGUGGACGGAAGCUGUCCGACAGUGUGGGGAGGUGUUUUAUGAGCGGGUGUCACCUCGUGUGUUCCCUGGCCCAGAUGCCUCUCUCUCCAUCUCUACUGACUGAGAGUAAAGAAUCAUCUGGUGCUGUAUGGCUGCCUGGUAUGAAAUGGGUGUGUUCUGGAUCACAUGACUAUCAUGUGACCUUUACGGCACUGGAGACUCUGCUCACACUGCUGUCACAUGACAACUGCUCCAAGUCUCGUGAUGGCCUUCCUAAAACGGCUGUCAGUGUCCUGUGCCCCGAUAUCUCCUCUGUUGCCCGGGACUCUUCCUUUAUUGAGAGUGUGACGAGGUAUCUGUGGAGUGCUCUCAGUCCGUCUCUGUCUGACCUGCAUGUGGAGGCCUCGUCUCUCCUGUGCUGGACCCACACCCUCUGCCCCGGACACACCUGCGAGACCACACUGCUACGAGAGUUCACCACUGAGGGAAUGGAUGUCUACCAGAGGUUCACUGUACUCUGGCAGCACCUCCCGGACAAUGUUCAUGGUUCUCCAUGCAGGCCUUUCAGCAGGGCUCAGCUAAGGAUGGUGGAGGGAUUACAGAGCAGAGAUCUGGCCACCAGAGGCCUGGUGGGGUCGUGGGUCCACUUUGCUACUGCCAGGGGAAAACUCCACGCCCUCGUUGCCCCUCUCGUUAGGAUAAUCCUGGAUCAGGACGGGAAGAGGAAGGCCACAUUCUCGGGACAUCCAUCAGACAAUGGGAUGCCGGAAGAUGCCGGGAAGUACUACUGUUCUCCCUCUCACACAACAGGCCCCAGUGAGGGGGAGAUGGGUCAGGAGGGUGAGAUGAGACUGCUCUACACUCAGGUCCUGGACUCUGACCAGAUCCUGUAUGCCCUCAGUCUCACACAGGCAGUCCUCUCCGUCCAUCCGGUCUCUGUUAUUACUUCUCUCGCCACGUCUCAAGUGAACCUCUCUACCUAUGGAGCUGGGGGCGAGGGCGCAACCGAGCAAUCUGUCUGUGGAACACCUCAAAAGAGCCUCCUGGAAGUGAUCCUACUCUCUCUGGCUGCUUUCAUUCGCUCUGAGUACUCCCCCGCCGUGGAGGUGACUGUGGCAAACGUGGUUGAGAACCUCCGUGUUAAGUCGACGGCAGUGGAGAUUAUUGGGUUCCUGUUGUACCAGUUCUCCAUCAUCCUCUCUUCCUCUUCCUCGUCCUCUGAGCAACAAGCCUCCUCUAGGACUACUGGUAGCAGCAGAGGCCUUGUUCACAAUCCCAGCUACGUCUCUGCCCUGGUCACUCUCUGUGACGUCCAGAAAGUCCUUCUUCUGACACUGUCGCAAGUCGUGAGGGAAUUCCCUGCCACUACAGAAUGUGCUUUCGAAGGCUUAAAUGGGGAAGCCCCUCCUAUUAAAGCCAGCAAUAAGGCACAUCAUAUGGUGGAAGAAGUUGGUUCAAGUAGGGUUAUUAAAAUUGGAGAGAUCCCGAGCACCCCACUGCAAGUUCUCUUUGUCAAUCUCCUACGCUGUCUCCACAAUCUUGUGUCACUGGAGACCCAGUGCAUCCCGUCGUCCCCUGCAGCCGUGACACCCAGCUUCAAACACACAAAGAGAUCUCUCUCUUCCACCGACACUCUAGUUCGCCCCGGUCUCAGCACAAUCGCUCAACCCUUUUUCCAGUCGCUGGUUGUUGAAACUCUGGCCGACCCUGCCCUCUCUUCCCUCCACCCCCACCUCCUCCACAUGUUCUCUGCCACUCUCCCCCACCCGUCGGCUCAGCUUGAUGACCUGGCACCCAAGAUACUGCGACAACUGUGCCGAAACCUCGAGGUGGGUGUGGCUGAGGGUAAAUCCAGGAGCAAGGAGGAGACGUCACGUGAGAGCACCGAGACCAGUAGUGGGGGGAUGGCCGUGGUGAGCAACGUACAGGCUCUGGUGAACAUUAUCCUCUGCUGUCUCUUUGGGGAUUUCCCCCUUCAGAGUGUCUCCCUUAAGCACGGCUCGCUCAACCGGUUUUGGGACGCCGAGUACGUGAGCCGCUCGGACGAGUCGGAGGAAGUGUCCACGCCCACCUCGAAACAGCCGUCGACAAUGUCGUGGCUUCUCGGAGUGUUUGCCGGUGGUGGACAGAACAAGGCCGCCUCGUCGCCGGUCGGGGCAAGAUCGCCGAAACUGGGACUGUCCGAAGGUAAAGUGGGUCGCUCGAUUCGACUGUUGCUGCCUGCUGUGUACAAUGCCUUGACUGAGGUGUGGACUUGGUUCAGCAGUAGAGUUAAGAAAUCUUCCGAGAGAGACGGUAACGACAGGGUGAGGGGUGAUGGAGGAGGGAGGGGAGGAGGCUGGUUACAUAUUGAGAAGAGAAGAGCAGAGUAUGAGGAUGUAGAGAGUCUUGUACUGGGUCUACUGGGGUCUCUGGCGUCAUGUGAGCCCUCAACCUUCUUCUCUUCCGUCUCCACCGUCUGGCUGGAGUGGGAUUUGGAUUCAAAAGUCAAUCCCAGCAGCAAGAAGAGUUCCAAGAGGAAGGAUGCCUUUGUUCUCAUGUUGCACCGCAUCCAGGUGUUGCCCCUGGAGCAGUUCAUCCGCAGUGUCCAGUUCUCGUUCUCGGACCUGGGCAGAGCUGAGGACCCCGAGUCCUCCUCUCUCAGACAGAAAUACCUCCUCCACUUUCUCUACAAGUACAUCAGCAGUCCACUGCAGAGUUGGGAGGAGCUGGCUGGCUGUCACUCAAUCGUGGUACUCCUCCUCAGAGACUGCUACACUCAGUGCUACAACGGAACCUCAGAGAGCCUCCAGAACAACUGUCACCUCCUCUGCAUGCUGGCCAGCAUUCUGCAUGUCUAUCAUCUGUCGGGUACCUGGACUGGAAAAGAGAGGGAAGAAAGAGAGAAAAGAGCUUCAGGAUUUGACUCUGAAGUUAUGUGAGGUGCUGAGUUCAGCCGCUGGCUAUUCUCCACCUCCAUCCAAUGACCCACCUCCUUCCCCCUCCUCUCCUCCCUCUCUCCCUCCACUUCCUCCCACCACUACCGACACCUCAACCAGACACUCUCAGACUGCCAGAGACGGCUUUGAAAUAGUGGAACACUCUGACUUGAACAUGUCCCAGAAGAUACAACCUCCAAAGGUGUUGGUUGGUGAACCGAAAAGUGGAUCUGCAGUGAAUAACAAUUCGUUAGUCUCUCAAACAACAAGGGGCCGGCCCCUCGUCAGCUCACCACAGUCCAUCUCACCCACCUGGUAGUGAGGAGGGAGACGUCAUUGCCGGGCACAUAAGGUCAUCCAUCGCCACAUUGCAACAACCGCCUGGGUCCACCGUUGCCAGGAGACAGCAGAGGAAUGCAAUAGAUGUCUCACCAGGAGCACAGGCUCUCGCUGUGCUAGCCUCUACUGUGUCUCACUUCAUUGAUGGAGUAUUUGGUAGCUCAGAGAAAGAAAAGAUACUGGCACUCCUCAAAGUUGUUCUUCACAACAUCUGGCCUCACCUUCAGAACCACAGCCCAGAGACCCAGAGGCUCUACCACAGCAGUGUGCAACUCCUCUCCUCCCUCAGUGGGUUCCAGGCCACACGGAAGGCAUGGCGACGAGAGACCUUUGACCUCUUCAUGGCCAACAACUUUUUCGUCAUGAGACUUGAGAGCUUGCAGGAAUGGAAGGUGUUGGUGGACAACCUGAUGACACAGGACAAGACGACAUUCAGAGAUCUCCUCACAAGACUGGCUCCUGGACUGGCUCCUGGUCUCUCCAAUAUCUUCACCACUGCCGAACAGGAAGCACAGAAUACGGCCAGGAUUGUAAAGAGAAUGGCAUUUGCCAUUUUCUCAGCCGAGACAGAUCAGUACACCACCUACCUCCCUGAUAUACAAGAGAAGUUGUCGGACUGUUUGAAGCUCCAGCGUCAUCCGGUGGUGACCUCGGACGUCUUCCUGGGUUUCAGGACUCUGCUCCUGAGAUUUUCUCCCACUCACCUCCUCUCCUUCUGGCCCGCCAUUGUCUCUGAAACUCUCUCAGUACUGCAGGAGAUGGAGGGAGACUUGGUCCAGGAGUCGAGGGCUGGGGAGGUGGUGUCCUCCCCAGCCCAGCUCCGUCUCUACCUCUCCGUCGCCAAACUGCUGCAUACGGCCUCCUCCCUCCCUCACACCUUCCUCCCUCACUUCCAGUAUCUGCAGUGGGGGUUCAGUGAUGUAGGGAGUCCCCAUUCCAUGUCAACUUCCUGUCUGGGAACGGGACCUGUGUACCGGAUCUGCACCCUCUUCUCCACUGUUGAAGGGAUGGAAAGAGAUGACUCUAAAGGGGGAGUAAAUUUGCCAGGACUUCACAGAAUCACUUCCGUCCGGGAACUUGCGCCGUUCUUCACUUCCCUCACCCCCCAUAACCCCUGGGGUCUUCGCCAAUCACACACCGUCACCGGCGAGUCUCCAAUAAAAGCCCACCAUGUCUCCAGUGGGCACCAGCAGACAGUUCAGAUCAGUGCGGCUGAGAAAGACCUGCUCAGAGAUUUCCUUGAGCCUUUUUGUAGUUGAUUGUGUGUUUGUGUGUGUAUAUGUUGUGUUUGUGGUAGUGUGUUUUGUAUCAUUUUCAAUUUUUAUCAUCAUUGCAUAUUGUUCAACAGGUGUGUCUCCUUCGCUUGUAAUAAAUUCCUGUGCUGUAUUGUGGCCAACACAAAGUUAAUAAUAACACCUUGUGAUUGAUACCA